UGAGUGCUCACAUCAAUCCUAGAAGCCACACAACUCUUAUCCUUACCGCUAUCCACAUUCGAAUCAACGAGUGGUCUCCUGUCAACGAGUGCUCUCCUGCUGCAUUCUUCGCAUUUCCAUCGAUCUCCAAGGGAGACAAAAAAGGAGAGAUUGAUAAUCGAUGAUCUCUGAGAGAGUUGUGUGAGAUUUGAGGGUGUGCUCAAUUUGAAGCCCUAAUCGUGAAACUCACUACUAUCUUAAACCUCAGUUCAAUGGCCUCAGCCAGCGCCACGGCCACUCCAGCCCUCGCCUCAUCCCCCACGGCUUCCCGCCAGCUAGUGGCAACGGCGACCCAGCACUCUUCCGGCCUCCCAUCGCUUCCACUUCCGCGUCAAUCCUCGUCACCCGCUCUUCAUUUUCAGGGCCGCAAGCCAUGGAAGUUGGCUUCUUACUGGAAUGUUGUUGCCAUGGCUACAGGAGAAGCACCGGCUGAAGUUGCCACUGAACUUCCAGAAAUUGUUAAGACCAUACAAGAAGCGUGGGACAAACUUGAAGACAAAUAUGCUGUGACUUCAAUUGCAUUUUUUACUCUACUUACUCUUUAUGGUUCUGCUGGAAUGAUCUCGGCCAUUGAUAGGCUUCCUCUACUUCCUGGUCUGUUCGAACUAGUCGGAAUUGGAUACACUGGGUGGUUUGCAUAUCGCAACAUUGUUUUCAAGCCUGACAGGGAAGCUUUGAUUGAAAAAAUAAAGAGCAUCUACAGCGAUGUAAUUGGAAGCAGCUAAAGGGGUCUUUCUUCCAUUAAAUCAAUUUUCAGAACUUGAGAGCCUGUUUGGUCGUUACAAAUUCUAGCUUGAUGAAGGAUCUGUUUUCAGAAUUGGUAAUCUGUACGACUGUACCCUUCCUGCUUUGACAGAUAUGCAUUGAAGCUUUCAUAUGUCAAUUAAGUAUUUCAAGAGAAUCAUUGUAAAUAAGAGAUACAUUUUCCCUGUUCAUGCAAGGCAUUAGUUUUGCAAACUAAAGUAGUUUCCAGCUUAAACAAAAAAAUGAAUCAAAUUGUGGUCCGAAUCAAUUUUAAAUU